UCUGGAUCUAAUAAUUGUACAGUGUGGGCUCUACGGGGACGUGGUUUAUGGAUGCUGGGACUAUGAGCAUAAGCGACAAAAGGGGCUACUUAGCAGACCUGGGAGGCAGCUUCACUGAGGAUGCUCCCAGACCUCCAGUCCCAGGGGAAGAAGGCGAGCUGGUGUGCAGUGAUGGACGCCAAAGCAGCAACCUUGGCUUCUCUUCAAAGAGUGAGAGCCUCAAAUGUGAGGCGUCUGUGGCUACACCCAGGCGACCUGACUUGGACCUGGGUUAUGAGCCAGAGGGCAGUGCCUCUCCGACACCGCCCUACCUAAAGUGGGCAGAAUCACUACACUCCCUCCUGGAUGACCAGGAUGGCAUCCAUCUGUUCAGGACGUUCCUCAAGCAGGAGGAGUGUGCAGACAUGUUGGACUUCUGGUUUGCGUGCAGUGGCUUCCGCAAACUUGAAGCCAACGAGGGUAACGAGGAGAAGAAGGUUAAACUUGCAAAAGCUAUCUAUAAGAAAUACAUCUUGGACAACAAUGGAAUUGUUUCCAGACAGAUCAAACCGGCUACCAAGUCCUUCAUCAAAGACUGUGUGAUGAAGCUUCACAUUGAUCCUGCAAUGUUUGACCAGGCUCAGACUGAGAUACAGACUAUGAUGGAGGAAAACACCUACCCUUUAUUCCUUAAGUCUGACAUUUAUUUGGAAUAUACGCGGACAGGAGGAGAGAGCCCUAAGCUGUACAGUGAUCAGAGCUCUGGGAAUGGAAAAGGACUGUCGGGUUAUUUACCGACUUUAAAUGAAGAUGAGGAAUGGAGAUGUGACCAUGAGUCAGAAGAGCAGCCAGAGUGUGACCCCACACCGAGCAACCGGCUUACUCAGAAGCUGCUAAUGGAGACGGCACCACAGCGAGUUGCCAACAGUGCGAGAUUCCAGGACAGUCACGAGUACAGGCAUGCACCAUGUCGGGAGCCCAUCAACCCGUACUACGUCAACACCGGCUAUGCUAUGGCUCCCGCCACCAGCGCCAACGAUAGCGAGCAGCAGAGUAUGUCCAGCGACGCAGACACAAUUUCCCUCACCGACAGCAGUGUAGAUGGGGUACCACCCCACAGAUACCGCAGACAGCAUCGCCGGGAGAUGCACGAAAGUGCCAAAGCAAAUGGGCGAGUGCCACUACCUCAUAUACCACGCACAAACCGGAUUCCAAAGGACAUUCAUGUGGAGCCAGAGAGGUUUGCUGCAGAGCUGAUCAGCAGACUGGAGGGCGUGCUGAGGGAGAGGGAGGCUCAAGAGAAACUAGAGGAGCGACUGAAGAGAGUCCGACUGGAAGAGGAUGGUGAUGAAGUCAUCACGUCCACAGCUGUAUCAUUAGCCGGUCACAGGUUCCCCCCUGGUGCUUAUCCGCAGAAUUACAACUCCCGCUACGCUGACAUCGCCUACAGUGGUAAUUUUCUGAGAGAUGCACACGAGGAGAACCCAGAGAGCAUCCUGGACGACCACGUCCAGCGGGUCAUGAGGACUCCCGGCUGCCAGUCGCCAGGGACGGGGCGCCAUUCUCCCAAGUCGCGCUCACCGGACAGUUUUCCAGGGGGCAAAGGGAUGGGAGUUGGAAUGCCACUGUCGUCAGGCCAGGGUAAACACCCAUCCAGGCAUGGUGUUAAGGGAGAGACCAGCCACCUGUACCACCACAAACAUGCGCAUCACAUCCACCACACAGGCGCUGGGAAGCCCAAAGAGCAGGUGGAGGCCGAGGCAGCCGUACGUGUGCACGGCAGCUUUCCCUGGGGCAUGGAGACGAGUCAUUAUGGAUCAAAGUCUCGCAGCUACGCCGAUGGCAUGGGAUCCAACCCCAUGGAGCAUACAGGCAAAGGUGGCACACAGUGUAAAAGAGUGUACAAGAAAGGUGAGGAUGUGCGGCCGUAUGACAUGCUGGGGCCGGGAGAAGAGAUGGAGAAAAAACAGAAGAUCCUUUUGUGGCUGAUGGAAGGACAGAAAGAAAUGGUUCAACAUAAGAGGAGCCCAUACGGCACCGCUGGGUCAAAGAGGACUACGGGCCAUGAGGGAUCCCGUCUUAGCUCGGUGGAGAGGUCAGGCUCGGCGUACCCGUGCGUCAGCGCCCAACUGCGGAACAACGUGCAGCCGUCUCACCCUUUCAUCCAGGAUCCCACCAUGCCCCCCAACCCAGCUCCCAGCCCCCUCAUCCAACUGGAGGAGGUUUGCCGGCGGCUUGAAGAGGAGAAGAUUAAGUCAGGAACUUUACAGCCCAAGCAGAGACACAAAGCCAGUAAAAAGCAGCCGUGUGAAAACACUGUGGUGGCGUAUUACUUCUGUGAGGAGCAGAUACCGUACAGGACGUCGGUCAAAGGGAGGGUCGUCACUCUGGGCCAGUUCAAAGAGCUGCUAACAAAGAAAGGAAAUUACAGGUAUUAUUUCAAGAAGGUAAGCGACGAGUUCGACUGCGGAGUGGUGUUCGAAGAGGUACGUGACGAUGAUUCUGUCUUGCCCAUCUUCGAGGAGAAGAUUAUUGGGAAAGUGGAAAAAAUUGAUUGAAGUGCACGUGGAAGAGGAAGAGGUUUAAAAGCCAGUGUGUGAAGGACAGAGGAGCGAUUGGAUGGUGAAGAGGAAGUGAUUUACGAUGAAGAACGGAGGAGCAGAGAAGAAGGUGAUAUAAGUAGAAGAGUUGAAGAGCAAAGCGGUGGUCACAGCGGAUGACUUGUG